GACAAGUUGGAUAAGUCACGAUACUACGACUACCACAAAUCACCGAGACAUAAUACCAAUGAAUGCCUAAGUUUGCUAGCUGCUUUAUUACGUUUGAUCGGUCAUCCACAACUUAGGAAGUUCUAUCAAAACACUGAUGUCCGAAAACCAGGGCCAGGACGUCAAAUCGAGCCCUAUGAUGAUGAUGAAGAUGAAAACUGGGGUGUUAUGUCGAAGCGAAUCCGACAAGGAGAAAAAGAAGUAUUUAUGUUCACCUCAGAUGUAUUUAAUGUUGAUUCAAUAGGAAACUCUCGAAGACUUAAGCGGAGCCGAUCUCCCAGUCCAAUGGAAAUGACUGUUCACCACAUCAACACCAAUAAUUCCAGAGUUGUGUCAUCUCGCCAUCAAAUCAAAGCCUAUGCUCGAUUGGCCAACAAUUCGGGUAAGCAAGUUUUCACUACCGACUUACGAGAUGUUAUUAAUGCCCGCAAUUGUACCAUUACUUUCAACAUGGAGAACGCCAAUCACUGUGCACAUCCUCAUUCCGACGCUCUUGUCAUUACUGUUCUAAUAUACAGGAUUUCGGUUCACCGCGUUAUGGUUGACACUGGGGACUACUCAAGUAUUUUGAUGUUGAAAGCUUUUGAUAAAAUAGGCCUUGACCCCGUGGACAUCCGACCUUGCAACGAUCAAAUACAGGGGUAUAAUGAGAGUAUGUCCCGACCUAUUGGCGAGAUUACCCUGCCUGUUCGAUUUGGUAUGUCCGAACAUGUCACGAAACUUGUCAUGGAAACCUUCAAAGUCCUCGCCAUCAACAACGAGUAUAAUGCCAUCAUCGGAAGAACCGCCUUGUACAAGCUCCGAGGUGCCGUUUCCAUUUUUCAUUACGCACUUAAAAACCCCACGACACGUGGAGAAGGUACUCAUUAUGCGACCAAAGGGAAGCUCGGGAGCUUAUCAU